AUGGCCUCAACAAGACCUUAUAAUUACUUACCCGGCCUCAUUAUCUACCAUAUCCUCCAACUCCUUCCCACAAAACUUGCAGCCCAGGCUAGCUUUGUUUCCAAGCAAUGGGCAGAGGCGUGGUCCUCGAUCCUGGUGUUCGAUUUCAAGGAGGGCGAUCCAUACAAUCACGACGGAAAAUUCAGGCUCCGAAUGAGGUACCAGGGAGAUGCGAAAGUCCUAGAUGCAUGGUUGAGAUCUGCAGUUGAGAGAAGCGUGAAAGAGUUAGAUAUAAGACUUGGAAACGUACCGACCGUCAAACCCUACUGCUUGCCGCAAACCCUUUUUGAUGCAAAGCUUUUAACCACUCUCAGUUUGGAGGGUGUGAGAAUAGAGGACAAUGCUGAUCAGCCUAUAAGCUUACCAUCUCUAAAAUCCAUGUCCUUCAAAAUGGUGGACUUCGAGGGCAUGGCACUUUCCAACCUAAUUUCAGGCUGCCCUUGGAUCGAGCAUUUGUCCUUAAAUUUAUGUGACCUCGGCUCCUGGACUUGGAAACUCAAAAUUUCAAGUUCGAGUCUCAAAUCCUUCGAAAUUUUCGAUUGCUACUCUCGCCACAUUGAAGUUGAAGCCAAGAAUCUUGAGUCUUUUAAAUUUGAUUCAGACUUUGAAUUGCUUGAGAGCAUGGCAUUGUUUGAUUGCACCAACUUGAAAUGCAUUAACAUCUUCAGUCAGCACCUUCAACACCUUAUAUUAUAUGCAUUGUGCCAAAACAGUGUCGAGGCAACAAUUAACACUCCAAAUUUACAUUCUUUUGAUUUUAGUGGAUAUUUGAUGGCUAACGUUUCCAUGGCUCCAUUGAAAUAUUUAUCGGAUGCAACACUCAUUCUUUUGGAUCACAUCAGAGGGCCCGCCUUCAGCUUGCCAUUGAAUCAUUUUUCUACUUUGAGAGACUAUCUUGAACACUUUGAUUGCUCCAAAAAAUUGAAACUGUACAUUCAUGAUGCUGAGGGUGUCAUGUUUCCAGAAGAUUUUAGAGAGGCCUUCCCUUCACCAUUACCAAAUCUCAAGCAUCUCAACAUAGUCAUGAAUUCUGCAGUAGAGGGGAUAAAGUCUGAGUUGAUGGAGUCCUUGCAUUGGAUGGCACCUUCUGUAGAGAACCCAUCAAUAGAAUCCUUAAGUAGAACAAAUUCGUCCAGUACAAUUACAUGA